GGUGUGGUCACAUGAUUAACAGGUCAGUGAUGAACACACAAAGGUACGAUGACCUCAACUGGAACAACGUCAGAUGGUUCUGGCACAGGCUGUUCUCCGUGGGUUAGCAGAAUGCUGUUUGCUCCAGAGCAGCAGGACUCUCCGUCUGGUGUGCCCAGUGUGGAAGAACUCAGUCUGGGCCUGCUGUCUCUGAGCCUCCCCUGCUGGAACCAGCAGCCCUGGAUCCGCCCGGAACCCCAGCAGCCACCCAAGACCUGCUCGCAGACACCCAUGUUUAAUCUCUUGGGUGCUCCACAAAGCAGCGAUCUGGGUCAGAAUCAGGGUUUCCAGGCUCAGGAGUCUGCAGGUGGGCGUGACCCUCUGGAGUGUUUCUCAAGCCUCAAUCAUGUAAUACCAACACCAGAACCUCACUCUCUCCUGCACUCUGGAUCCAACAGUCCCGUCAACUCUGAGACCAGCGGAAUCUCAUCUGGAUCUGACCAUCUGAUCUCUCUCAGAGUUUCUCCCCCGUUACCCCUGCUGUUGCCCAGACUGCCAGCAGAGGGUUUAAAACUGGGCACAGAUACCAGUCUGCCCACCCUCACCCCCAAUCUCAGUGCUCAGCCUGAGGGGUUGUUGGCUGGGUGCUGGUCAACAGGGCCCAUCUGGCCCGGUUGGGACGCUUUGGGUUUGAACAAACCCUCCUUCUGCAUCGAGAGAGAGGUGAAGCUUCAUAAACAAGCUGCAGCGGUUAAUGAAGCCACCUACACCUGGGAAGGACGACUUCCUCCCCGACACUACAAAAACCAAGUUUACUCCUGUAAAGUGUUUUUGGGAGGUGUGCCGUGGGACAUCACAGAGGCGAGUCUGUUGAACACUUUCAGUGUUUUUGGUCCACUGAAAGUCGAGUGGCCUGGAAAAGACGAUAGAUAUCCACGCUGUCCUCCGCAAGGUUACGUGUAUCUGCUGUUUGAUUGUGAGAAGUCCGUAAAGAUUCUCCUGCAGGCUUGUAUUCAACACCGUCUGCAGUCUGACGAUUAUCUGGAAUUCUACUACAAACUUUCCAGCAGAAGAAUUCACAACAAAGAUGUGCAGGUUAUACCGUGGGUGAUCUCAGACAGUAAUUUCGUCCGUUGUCCCGCCCAGCGCCUCUGCCACAAUAAGACUGUGUUUGUGGGCGCGCUGCAUGGCAUGCUAAAUGCUGAGGCUCUGGCACACAUCAUGGACGAGCUCUUUGGAGGGGUUGUUUAUGCAGGAAUCGACACAGACAAGCACAAAUAUCCUAUAGGUUCUGGCAGAGUGACCUUCAGAAGCCAGAGGAGCUACUUGAAAGCUGUGACUGCUGCAUUUGUGCAGAUAAAAACCUGCAAGUUUACCAAGAAGGUCCAGAUUGACCCAUAUUUGGAGGACUCUGUGUGCCAAAUAUGUAACAGUCAGCCCGGCCCAUUCUUCUGUAGGGCUCAGGCCUGUUUUAAAUACUACUGUCGGUCCUGCUGGCAUUGGCGGCACUCUUUGGAUGUGUUGAGCAGUCAUCAACCUCUCAUGAGGAACCAGAAGGGCUUGAAUCCCAAAUAAAGCAACAGAGUCAUCCCAAGCUACUGUUUCUCCAGGGAGCAGCCAUGGGCAAGAGAGUGUGGACUGAGCUGACUGUUUUGGGGAAGUAUUUUAGCACGAGUCUGAAAAGGGAAGUCUUAUUUGGGCAAGUUAUUGCAUUUAUUGCACUUCUCACGUUCUCGUUCAUUAAUGCUCUAUGCACACCAAAGGGUUAAUUGAUGAUGACCCAUUUGCACAGUUAGAGGUGGCCAGGAGAUUAAUUGCCACCUGAUUUUAAGAGUUUAAGUGUUUUGCAUGCAUAGAAUAUUAGUUUAUCUUGCUGGUCUGAUCCUCUGAUGCAGGCAAAUGCUAGUCGGUGCCUUCAUUUGUUACCAGCUUUUCCAGUCCUUUUAUUUGAUUUAAUUUCAUUUGGCUGGUCUGCUGGUGAUUUUAGAGAGUUCUGUUAUGUUGACAUUUUAAGGCAGUUUUACCUGCUUUUCUGCCUGCUAGUUUAGGGUCAUGCCAUGGAAAUAUGAACCGAUAGACUUACAGAUUUUUUAAAGUUUUGCUGUCCCAAGUGUGUUCUCCUGUGGGGCCAUUUUUGAAUUUUAUUUAGCUUUUUUAACACUAUUAAAUGGUUGAGGAGCACCUUGGUUUGCAAAAUGUUUGGAUGAUGCUGUUGCUUAUCAACCUACACGCCAUCAACCAUCAAAUCGAAUACACGUUAACAACUCUGGAACGCACUUUAACCGCUGAGAAUGUGCUGUACAUAGUUUUAAUCAAAUUAUUGCACUUUAUUUUUAAUGUAUCACUGUUGCCAGUGGUUUUAAUUAGUUUGAGCAGAAUGGGGUUAAAUCUUUCCCGGUUACAUAGAAGUUUUGAGAUGUGUUUUCUGUUAAAUGUAGAACUAAACUCUCCUAAUUUUAGUUUAAUAAAUCCAUCAAGCAGCAUAUAGCUCAGUUUCCCUAGUUUCUCGCUGAAGCUGUGCCAAAGAGCAUCUUUUUCUUCCUUGUUGCCUUUUGCAGCUGCUUUUUAGAAAUUAAAUGUCUCUACCUCAUUGCUAUGCAAGUGUUGCCAUGGUUACUUACAAAUGUAGAUGAUGUUCAGAUAGGACAAAAUAAAGUUGUUAAAGCAUUGCACCAUUGGAUGUUCUGUUUAUUUAAAUAGAAACAAAUAUGAAAUGUAUAGCCAUUGUAAAAAAGCAAGAAUUUUAUACAUGAACACAAAAAUUACACAAUCAACAAAAUGUUAAAGAGUUCAAUACAAGCUCAAUCGACAGCAUUUGUGGCAUAAUUUUGAUUACCACAAAAAUAAUUUUAACACAUCCCUCCUUUUCUUUAAAAAAAAGAAGCAAAAAUCGAGGUUACAGUGAGGCACUUACAUGGAUGUGAAUGGGGCCAAUUUUUGGAGGGUUUAAAAGCUUAUAAUUUGAUUCACUUCCAUUAAUUCUUCUGUUAAAACUUGUGUAUUAUUUGAGCUUUAAUCAUAAUUUUUGCAGGAUUACAGAGCAGGGGUCGACCGAUAACCGAUUAAUCGGCCGAUAGUUUUUAAAAUCAAUACAUAGAAUGUUACAACAUUUUCUUAGUCGGCACAGACAUAGAGCCCAGAGUCCAAAAUUAAUAAAAUCUCAGAUGUAUUUUUCAAUCAAAAUCCCAAUAAUAAUCAAAAAUAAAAGAUGAUAGGGUGCAGAACGUGGGACAUUUAACACUAAAGAAGCCUAAAACACACAAGGGACUCUUAUUUUGAAAUGACAUAGACUUGGCUCCGUUACAAUGGUCUAUAUUUAAUAUUUAACAAAUUAAGCUUUUUAUAGCCUAUAUAUUAUUAUUAUUCACAAUAUGAAGUUGGAGACACAAUGUAUGUUCUGAUGAGGGAUGUUUCUAUAUAGUCACAUUUUUCUUUGCAUGCCUUCGCUUCAAUUUAAUAAACGUAAUUUUCAGAGGAACACGGAGGAAUAAAAAAAAAAACAAAAUAAUAUAUUGGCAACUAUUGGCAUAGAUUUUUGCCGAUAACCGAUAGUUCCAAAAAAGCAACUCUCUGCACCGAUUAAUCGGUAAAACCGAUAUAUCGGUCUACCUCUAUUACAGGGUUUACAGCGUUACAUAGGUUGUAAAAUUGGAUACAAUUUUAAAGAAUAAGUUAGCAAGCGAUUUUAUCACACUAAAAUCAUGUUAGCACACAUAUUGUUUACGUCUUGUGGCUAUACUAUUGAAACAGUGAGGAUUUUAACAUUUAUGGAUUGGCCCCAUUCACUUCAAUUGUAAGUGCCUCACUGCUACCCAGUUUUUUUUUUUUUUUUUUUUUUUUUUUUUUAAAUGGAGGGGCUAGUCAAAAUUGUUUUUUGUGGUAA